AUGACUGGAGAGAAAUCAGAGAAUCCAUUUAAGAACCUGGGUCAUUACUCCGACAGUGAGCACACAAAUCUGUCGGACAGACCUGUCACACCAAAUACCAUUGGCUCAGCCAGCACCGCAGAGCCCCCACCAUAUACAGAAGAUGGGAUCAGGACACAAGAAUCGAAUGCCGUCCCAGAUCCAGCACCAAGCCAACGAAACAAGCCAAUCGCCAUCCCCGCGAUUGAACCUUCAUUUGACUCUCCCUUCAUUCGCGCCUAUGCCCCCAUCUUAACGGAUUACAAUCUACCUCGAGAAUCCUUUUUCGCCUUUCUUGACCAGUUAAACAAAGUUAUCUCCAGUAGUCCACCGCUUCAGGUCCUUGAUGCAACGGGCGGUAUUCUCAAAUCUGUUCCGCUACUAUUUCCACUCCACUGGAUUGGAGAAGCAGUGAGCGGGCUCGCGAAUCUCGGGAGCCAUGGUGUUUCGAAAAGCCGUACGGAUUCUCACAUCCGUCAAGCGAAUAAAGACAUCUUUGGGCCCCGCGGUUUGAAGGUCGAAAUUGCGAAACUGGAUGCCCUCGCGCAUAUGGCUAGCAUUCCUAUCCUUGAUUCGCAAGGGAAGGUUAGCCGGAAGACUCCUCUCUUAUUACGACUUUUAAACGGGUCAGACGCCACUGUGGAUGAAUCAGAGGAUGUUGAUAUGCAGCAACGCCGAAUCAAAAUAUUACAGCCGUGGAUAGCUGAACUUGAGCUCGAUAUUCUUCCAUGGACUUCCAAGUCCAAGUUGACUCGCUUCAAUGCGGCGCUGAAGAAGCGAAAUACACAGAAUCAGCCAGAUUCUGGUCAUAAUGGGAAGACCAGCUUGGAUGAUGAAGAGACGGGGCUCCGAAAAUGCCUGUGGCUUAUUAUUAGGCCGGAGAAUGCAUAA